CUGACGGAGACAGACAGACUUCGUUAGACCCGGUGGAAACUGCAGCAGCCACUGGUCAGUUAAAGGCUGAAUUCCACUCAACAACUACACAGACUGAAUAAAGGUCGAAGAAAUAAAAAAUAAAGCAGGAAACAAACAUUUGGUGGAAGAGGUUUGUUUUGAUUAUGGAAACUCGGGACACUGGUUGUUCCAGUCACUUUAUUUUCAGUUAUUUAGAAGAUUACCGGCCUCUUAAGUUCAUAAAAGUGAACAACGUCAAAACUGUUCAAAUCUGAAUAAAAGACUGGUUCGUUGAUGAAUCAGAUUUAAAUAAAAGAGAAUCAUCUUUUUCCCUGGACUCUGUUUUUCUGGUCUAUUAUUUUUUGUCCAUUUGUAUUUUAUUUUAUCUGAAUUUUAAAUCUCAUUGUCUUUUAAUUUUUUAAAAAUUGUGUUUAAAUGUUGUAACACGUUUAUUUAACUUUGAAUUGUCUCUGUGUUGGGACGUAAACAGUCUUAUAAACAUUUAGCUCCAGAUGCGAAUCGUGAUGUCCACCUGGGUGAGCCCUCAGUAUCGUCUUACAGGUAAAGGUGUCGUCCUUCUGUCCUGCAGCCGGUCAUGUCGGUCUCUCAGGUCUCUCCCGGUCUGUUCCUCAGCGGUCUGGACUCGGCUCUGAGCCUCAGUGCGUUGACCGGCAGGAGCAUCACCCUCGUCAUUAACGCCAGUGGACUGGAGGACGUGUCCUACCCUCGGCUGGACGGCCUGCAGGUCCUCCAUGUCCCUGUCCAGGAUAGACCUCACGCCCCCCUGAGACGGUACUUUGACCCCGUAGCUGAACGGAUCUACCAGAACCGGACAGGGAGGACUCUGGUCCACUGCACAGCCGGCAGGAGCCGAUCCCCUGCUCUGAUCAUGGCCUACCUGAUGAGGUUUGAAGGUCUCAGCCUCCGUCAGGCUUAUGAGCAGGUUUUGGAGCAGCGACCCUUCAUCAGACCCAACGCUGGUUUCUGGAGACAGCUGAUGGACUAUGAGAGGUCUCUGUUCGGCAGGAACACGGUGAGGAUGGUGCGGACGUCCAGCGGAGUCCUGCCGGAGGCUCUGCGGGACUCGGAGGACACCGACACCACCGCGGCGUACUGUGUCAAUGUUUGAUGGGCUGCUCAGGUCCAGAUUCUCCUGGAGACACAAGGUCGUCUCUGGUUUUCAGCAGCAGUUGUUCUUUAACUCGGGAUCCUCUUGAACUUUGUGGUUUAGUCAUGAACCCUCAGCGUCAUUGAGAAGAACCACUUCAGGUCUGAAACCAAGUUUCCAGGGACUUUCAUGUGAAAACAGCUGAAUGGAUGAAAAUAAAAUGACGAAGAAAUGUCUGAAAAAAAGGAGGAAAUCAACAAAAUGUUUUAGCUGUUUAUAAUUAACCCCAGUAAAGGUGGAGCACUCCCAGCUGCAGUGGGCACCUG